AUUAAAAAAAAAAAAAAAAAAAAAUUAAACGCCUGUCAUCCUUUCCGGCGAAGCAAAUUCAAUUUUUUAAUAAAUUGUGAUUUAAAUUGAGUUUAUUGACAAAGUGCAUUUGAAUAAAGUAUUAUAUUUCAUCAAAAAUGGCUCGCCGUUAUGAUACAAGAACAACAAUAUUUUCACCCGAAGGAAGAUUGUAUCAAGUUGAAUAUGCUAUGGAAGCCAUCAGUCAUGCGGGCACAUCGCUCGGGAUUCUUGCCACUGAUGGGAUCUUGCUGGCAGCAGAGCGAAGGAACACCAACAAACUCCUGGAUGAAGUUUUCUUCUCAGAGAAGAUAUACAAACUAAAUGAAGAUAUGGUCUGCUCUGUUGCUGGUAUCACUUCUGAUGCGAAUGUUCUGACUAAUGAACUAAGACUGAUUGCGCAGAGGUAUUUACUGCAGUAUGGAGAGUCAAUACCAUGUGAACAACUUGUAUCCUGGCUCUGCGAUGUUAAACAGGCUUAUACACAGUAUGGAGGUAAAAGACCUUUUGGAGUAUCAAUCCUGUAUAUGGGGUGGGACAAACAUUAUGGCUAUCAGCUAUAUCAGUCGGACCCUAGUGGCAACUAUGGAGGCUGGAAAGCUACCUGCAUAGGAAAUAACAGUGCUGCUGCAGUAUCGAGUCUGAAACAAGAAUACAAGGAAAAUGAAACAACUUUGGCCGAAGCACAAGCCUUGGCUAUUAAAGUACUCAGCAAGACGUUAGACAUGACUAAACUCACCCCAGAGAAAGUGGAAAUGGCAACUCUUACACGCAAAGACAAUAAAACUGUUAUAAGAGUCCUCUCAAGUGCUGAAGUUGAGAAAUUGAUUGCCAAUUUCGAAAAGAGUGAAGCUGAAGCCGAAGCUGCCAAGAAACUUCAGCCUAAAUCGUAACUUUGUCAUAUUGGAUAUAAGGUUCUAUUAAUUGCACAUUAAAUAUUUUACAUGAAACAA